CCCUGCCUCUCUCCCUGCCUCUCUCCGUCUCCCUCUCUAUCUGGUAUCUCUCUCCCCGCUCUCCCUUCAGCAUCUAUCUGUGCGCCUCCCUUUCUCUCCCCCCUCUCCCCUCAUUAACGUCUCUCCCUUCGCUCUCACUUCGCUCUCCCCUCCAAUCUCAGCAGCCCCGCCCCCCCCUCGUGACGUAGAAACUGGGAGACCACGCCCCCUCCGCCCACGCGCCCCGAGGCGAGGGGCCGCGCGGUGACGUCACGACGCUGGCGUGACGCAACCGCGUGCGUCGUGACGUCACGACGCACCGACAAAGGCGCGCGCGUUUGCCGCGAAUGUUUAAAAAAAGAAAGCGGCGAUGAGAAUCCGGUGAAAAUCGCGGCGAUAAUUCGGCGAAAAAUUUACCUCAUUAAUCGAGGUUCAAUCGUUCGCUUUUGAAACGCCGCGUGCAGUUGAUGUGGAAUUCUUCGCUUUUUCUGUGUAGGUGUCCGAUUACAUGACACGUUUGACAGGGCGUGAGACUCGCCCGCUCUGCACGGAUUUUUUCUAUGCGGCGUUUAUUUUCCCCCCGAACCCCUUUUUUUAAUGCGAUAAAAUGAAGCGGAAAUAACGAAACUAAAAUCAGGCAGCGCGCCGGGCGUCAGCCCCGCGUCGCCUGGUGGUCGCCAUGGCGACGAGGCGACCGCGCGAGCCCAGGACCCCGAAGCGCUCGCGCCGUUAUGACGUUGCGGGGGCUUUGUAAACAAGAACCGCCCUGGGGGCAGAAAUAGUUGAACUCUGAUUCGCGGAUGUAACAGGCACAGUGCCCUCAAGGCGACUUUACUUUUGCUUCGUAUGAACACGUUUUUUUCACGUGGUUGGUGUAAUGGUUUGCUGGGAAUGUGACAGCAGCGACAACAGCAGCAGUAGACACAACAGCAGCAGUAGACACAACAACAGCAGUAGACACAACAACAGCAGUAGACACAACAACAGCAGUAUACACAACAGCAGUAGUAGACUCAAGAGCAGCAGUAGACACUAGACACAACAGCAGCAGCAGUAGACACAACAACAACACCACCAUCAGUAGACACAACAACAGCAGCAGCAGUAGACACACCAACAGCAGUAGUAACAGCAGCAGCAGUAGACACAACAACAACAGUAGUAGACACAACAACAACAGCAGUAGACACAACAACAGCAGUAUACACAACAGCAGUAGUAGACUCAAGAGCAGCAGUAGACACUAGACACAACAGCAGCAGCAGUAGACACAACAACAACACCACCAUCAGUAGACACAACAACAGCAGCAGCAGUAGACACACCAACAGCAGUAGUAACAGCAGCAGCAGUAGACACAACAACAACAGUAGUAGACACAACAACAACAGUAGUAGACACAACAACAGCACCAACAGCUGUAGACACAACAACAGCAGCAGUAGACACAACAACAACAACAACAGUAGACACAGCAGCAGUAUUAGUAGCAGCAGCAGUAGACACAACAACAACAACAGCAGCAGUAGACACAACAACAGCAGUACUAACAGCAGCAGCAGUAGACACAACAACAACAGCAGUAGACACAACAACAGCAGCAGCAGCAGUAGACACAACAACAGCAGUACUAACAGCAGCAGCAGUAGACACAACAACAACAGCAGUAGACACAACAACAACAGUACUAACAGCAGCAGCAGUAGACACAACAACAACAGCAGUAGACACAACAACAGCAGCAGCAGCAGCAGCAAGACUGCAUCGUGAGUUGAGUUUUGCGCGCCCCGGGCUCGUGGAGGGAGCGGCCGAGCCAUGGCGUCCCCGGCUGGGGCGCGUGGAGCCGCGCGCCUCUCGCUCGCGGGGCCCUCGUCUCUGUGCCUCCACCCCGCGGAGCUCGGCGACUCGAGCAGUCAGCGCUGCCGCCUGGGCCCCGGGGCGCUGCGAGCGCUCGGGGUCGGCCUGCUGGGCGCGCCCCUGCGCCUCUCGCUGGGCCGAGACGCGGUCGGCGAGGAGCGGCUGCUGCUGUGCGCCGCGUGGCCGCGGCCCGACCUGGCAGAGGGCCACGUUGAGGUGGACGCGCGCUGCGGGAGCCUCGCCGCGUUGCUCGGGGCAGACCCCGAUCACGACGGCGGCGGCGGCGGAGAGGCCGGGGGCGUGGGAGGACGCGACCCAGCGCUGCCCGCGCGGAUUCCCCUUCACCGGAUCCGCGCGCUCCCGCGAGUCCGCGCCAAGCGCCUCUUCGUCACGGCGGUGUGCGCUGCUCCCGAGCCCGGGGGGGGUGGUGGGGGUGGCGGCGAGACCGCGGCCGCCGCCACCUCCGCGUUGCCCACGGCGGCCGAGCUGCGCGAUGUGACGCGGGAGCUGCUGCGGGGAGCGCUCGUGUUCCCGGGCUGCGCGCUGCGCGUCGCGGGCCACGGCCACCCCGUGCUCUACGUGCUCGUGCGGCGAGCCCAAGCCGAGGCCCAACGGGGCGGCCAGGGGGCCGAGGAGAGCAGGCCGGCAGAUUUGGGGGAGGAGGAGGGACCCCCCGGGGAUGAGACGACGGUGAGAAGAGAGGAGCCGGAGGAGGAGGAGGAGGCGGCGGCGUGCUCCGUGGCCAUGCUCGUGCACAGUCGCACCGAGAUUUUCGUGGCGCGCGUCUCUCCCGUGCGCCGCUUCCUCUCGGCGCUGCGGGCCAAGCGCAGGCGGCAGCGGAGCCGCCUCGUCGGCUUCCCCCUGGGCGGCCUGGACGCCGAGGCGGAGCGGCUGCGGGAGCUGCUGCUGCUGCCCGCGAGGUUCCCGCGCGCCCUGCGGCGUCUGCACCUGUGGGGCCCCCCGGGAGGACUCCUGCUGGCGGGGCCGCCCGGCGUGGGCAAGACGCGGCUGGUGCGCGCCGUGGCGGACGAGGUCGGGGCCGAGCUGGUGUCCAUCAACGGCUCGGACGUCGCGGGGCCGCGGCCCGGAGACGCCGAGGCCGCGCUGCGCGCCGCCUUCGCGCGGGCCCUGGCGCUGGCGACGCCUCCCGCCCAGGACGGUGGCGGUGGUGGCGAUGGGGGUGGUGAUGAUGAUGAGGAUGAUGGAGGUGCCGGGACCCCGUGCAUCCUCUUCAUUGACGAGGUGGAGUCCCUGUGCCCACGGCGCGGGGAUGGAGGCGCGGUGGACACGCGCGUCGUGGCGCAGCUGCUGACCCUGAUGGACGGGGCCCGCGGCGAGCGAGGGGGCCCCGGGACCGGGACCGUGCUCGUGGUGGCCGCCACCAACCGGCCAGAGGCCCUGGACCCGGCACUGAGGAGGCCCGGCCGAUUUGACUGCGAGCUGGUGCUUGGCGUGCCCACGGAGCGGCAGCGCGUCGCCAUUCUCGCGGCGCUCACGCGGGGCAUGCCGCUGGCGCCGGGCGUGGACCUCCAGGAGCUCGCGGCGCUCACGCCGGCGCACGCGGGCGCCGACCUCGCCGAGCUGUGCCGCCACGCGGCCGUCGGCGCGCUGAGACGCCUCCUGCGGGCGAAGCCGCCGGGGGUGUCCGGGCGCGACGGAGGGCCGAAUGGGCGAGCGGCCGGCGGAGAGCGUGCGGCGGCGGCGGCGGCGAACCCGGUGGAGCUGGCGGACGAGCAGAGAGAGGGACGGGGCGAGGAGGAGGAGGGGGAGGAUCCGCAGCGGAGCGACGAGCUGACCCGGCGGGCGCUGCCGGCCGUGCGCGUGGAGAUGAGCGACUUUCGCAGCACGCUGCGCUUGGUGCGGCCGACCGCCAUGCGGUGCGACGCCGCCGUGCCGGCCGUGGAGAGCGGUGGGGCCGGAGACUGGGACCGCAUCGUGGGGCUGGAUGACGUCAAGCGCCGCCUGCUGCAGUGCGUGGAGUGGCCCUUGCUGCACCCCGCGGCGCUGCUGCGUCUGGGCGCCCGCCUGCCGCGCGGCGCACUGCUCUACGGGCCGCCCGGCUGCGCCAAGACCUCGCUGGUGCGGGCGGUGGCGGCGCGCGCCAGCGUCGCCUUUCUCAGCGUGUCGGGCGCCCAGGUGAUGUCGCCGUACGUGGGCGAAACCGAGAGAAACCUCGCGCAGGUGUUCCGUCGUGCGCGGGCGGCCGCCCCGUGCCUGCUUUUCCUGGACGAGGUGGAUGCGCUGUUGGGGUCGCGGGGUCGCGCCGCCGGGGUGGCGCAGCGCGCCCUCGCCACGCUGCUCAGCGAGAUGGACGGCGUCGGGGUCGACGCUGGCGAAAGGAGGGGGGGCGGGGGAGUGGACAGCGAGGAGGAGGAGCUGUCGAACCAGCACGUGCUGGUCGUCGCGGCGACCAAUCGGCCCGAGGUGCUCGACGAGGCGCUGGUGCGUCCGGGCCGGCUGGACAGCGUCAUCUUCGUUCCGCCGCCCGACGCAAAGACGCGUCUCGCCAUCCUGCAGCUGCAACUGGCGCUGGUCCCCCUGGCGGAGGACGUCUCCCUGGCGGAGCUCGCCGACGCGACCCACAUGUACACGGGCGCCGACCUCAGGGGGGUGUGCAGCGAGGCGGCGCUGCUGGCCAUGGCGGACGAGGGUGUGGACGUGGAGCGCGUGCGGCAGGAGCACUUCCUGCGUGCCCUGCGGCUCAUCCCGCCCUCGCUCACGGCGCAGCAGGUCGCGCGCUACGAGGCGCUCUACACUCGGCACGCGCUGGGAUGAUGGACGCCGUGACCGCGGGCGCCGAGUCGCGAUUGCCAGCGUGGUGAUGGGUGGUUUGGCGUUGUGAUGAUUCGUGCCGUGAUGACGGGCAAUCUAAGCUAAAAACUUAACUUUUUAUUUUACCAGGUGAGGCCUACUAAACCAUCGCGAUACGCGAGUUCUGGAUUUGCAAGUUUCGCAUAUUCGCGAGUUACUAAAUGGACCAGUGUGUUAUACAACAUAACACACUGGUCCUCGUAAAAGCCUGAAAUCUAAAUUUAAAUCGGCAAAUGUGUUUAUCAGUCUUUAAUUGACCCUGUCGCCAAGUUUAGCGUGAUUCAAAUGUUUAUUCAGUCGACUGAGACUCGCUAAAAAGGUAAAUGUUGACCGUUGAUUUGGGUCCGGGGUAUGCAAUUUUUUGGGCUAACCGGGAGGGCGAGCGCCUGGAGCAGCAACAACAGCAGCAGCUUUCUUGUGUUGGAUCACGAGCCUGAGGUGGGACUGGUGCAUCAUCUUCGUCUGGAACUGCCGAUGGAUUGGACGGCAAGCAGAGCGUUGGGAUCAUUAGGGUUAGGUUAGGGUUGUUGUCAUGGCAACAAUAAAUGGUGAAAAUAUUAAUAUUUUGUGAACAAGCAAAUGCUAUUUGAGGUUUUCCAAUAUAACCCUAACCGUCCGACCAAGUCUAGAGCACAAGUCAAAACACAGAGCCAGCCAUCACCACUGUGAAGCUUCGUGUUCAGCUACCCAUAACAUUCAUCUUCUGACUGCUUCGACAUCACGAGAACUGGUUUUGGUGCACCACCUCGCAUGAUUUUCUGACCGGGGUUGUGAAUUGCAGGAAAAUAAAGUAAAUUAUU